AUGUAUAAUCCUUAUAAUUAAAAUUCCCUAAAUUAAAUACUUUAGCCAAACACACAUUAGAAUGGUAAUGGAUUCAUCAUAGUUAGCAGGAAUUCAGAUGAGUACAAAAGCUUCAUUGCUAAAAUAGAAAAAAAUUACGCUGGGAAUAACAAGCUUUCAGCAUGUACUCUUUGCUGGGCUUUCAUAUCACCUUUGAAGAAGCGAAAGCAUGCAGAGCAUGAACCUUUUAUGGUAACUGCUUCACUAUUUAAAAAUGAAGAAUGCUUUUUGCAGCUAUGCUAAUAACAUGGAAAACUCAAUUCAAAUAAGCAAAGCGUGAUUCUAUUUAAAGAUAAUUGCUAAUUUUUCGGCACGCCUUAAUAUAAUCCUACAGGAGGCACUUCUGUGUAUUAAGGCGGUGCGAACCCGCUAGUGAAUCUAAAGGAAAUUGUCAAGAAGGGAAACGAGCAGGACUCACAAUUGAAGAGACUCAAUAAUCUAGUCUCAUAAAUAAGAGAUGACUUUAAAAGUGAAGAUAAAAAACUAGAUAAAUUAGAAACUUAGUUCAAGAUUCUGAAAUAGCAAGUGCUUUAGUAUGCAAGGGAAAAGAUGCUCUUGAACAAUGACUCAUAAAUAUUGCACAUGCAGAAUGGAUCCUAGCUAGGAAUAAGUUCUUAAUUAAAUGUACUUAAUAAUUUAACUAAUUGA